AUUAACAAUUAUUGAUUUCCUGUUUUGAUUUUGUCAACACGUGCACGAUAUUUUUGUUGAAAUUCAUAUGAAAACAUGAGCAAGAAACAGCUUAACAGGAAGAGUAGCAAAAGACAGUCUGCAAAACAUAGAUAUAAGAUUUUAAAGAAAAUCAGUCAACACCAUAAGAAAGAAAAGAAAGAAAAAAGGAAAAAUCCAACCAAUAAAAAGAAGAAAGAUCCUGGAAUACCAAACAGUUUACCAUUCAAAGAAGAGAUUUUGCGUGAAGCUGAAGAAAGAAAAAGAAGGGCAGAAGAAGAAAGAGAAAAACUAAAGGAAAAGAGAAAAAAGGAUAGAGAAAAGUUGAAAAUGAAGAAAAGAAAUUUAGAUGGAAUGGUAAAAGAUGCUCAGAAAAAAACAGCUGAAUUUGAAAGAAAGCAAGAAAAGAAGUCCUCAGGAGAGUCACAUACUAGUAAUGGUGCUGUAGAAAAUUCCCUGAAGACAUUCUAUAAAGAAUUUAAAAAGGUUGUAGAUGCUGCAGAUGUAAUUCUUGAAAUUCUGGAUGCAAGGGAUCCUCUUGGUAGCAGGUGUACCCAAAUGGAAGAAGCCAUAUUGGAAAGUGGCACAAAUAAACGUUUAGUCCUUAUAUUGAAUAAAAUAGAUCUAGUACCAAGAGAAAAUGUUGAAGAAUGGUUGAAACAUUUGAGAAAUGAGUUCCCAACACUAGCUUUUAAGGCUUCUACACAAACACAGAACACAAAUCUUAGUAGAGCAAAAGUUCCUUUACAAAUGGCAAGUGAUGAUCUUUUGAAGUCUAGUCAUUGCUUAGGAGCAGACAUGUUGAUGAAGUUACUGGGAAAUUAUUGCCGGAAUAAAGAUAUCAAAUCUGCUAUACGUGUUGGAGUAGUUGGAUUCCCUAAUACUGGUAAGAGUAGUAUUAUAAAUAGCUUGAAACGUGCCAAAGCCUGUAAUGUUGGAGCCAUGCCAGGAAUGACAAGAACUAUGCAAGAAGUACAUUUAGAUAAACACAUCAAAUUACUAGACAGCCCUGGAAUUGUCAUGGCAACAGGGACAUCUGAUACAUCUGUGAUAUUAAGAAACUGUGUAAAGCUUGAAACCUUGGAUGAUCCCAUCACACCUGUUGAAGCAAUAUUGAAAAGAUGUUCUAAACAGCAGAUGAUUUUACAUUAUAAUAUUCCGGAUUAUAAAGAUAUUGACGAGUUUUUAGCUCUGCUGGCAAGAAGGAUGGGUAGAUUAAGGAAGGGAGGGAUUCCAGAUAAAAACAAAGCUGCUAGAUCUAUUAUACAAGAUUGGACAUGCGGGAAAAUAAAAUAUUUCACACACCCUCCUGAACAACAUACAUUACCAACACAUGUGAGUGCAUCCCUUGUGACACAGAUGGGGAAAGAAUUCAGUAUAGACGAUCUUAUAGAGGUGGAACAGAAAACAUUACAAGGCUUGGAUUGUAAAAGUAGUAAGCACAUGUUAGUAGAGUCAUUAGGUCCAGCCCAGGCAAUCAUGGACGAUUCACAGCUUGAUUCAGCAUUGAAAGCUAAUGAGAAAAUAGAUGAUGAGGAAAUGGACAAUGAUGAUGGUGAUGAAGAAUCCGAUGAAAUGAUGGAGGAUGAAGAAGAAGAAGGAGAAGAGUUAAAAAGAGUAGAGGUCACUCAGAUGGCAGCAACACGAUCAAGAAAGGCUUCAGUUACGUCUGCUACAUCAAAGAAAUCUAAAAAGUCAAAAACAUCAGAAGAACUUUUAAAUGAUAGUCUGGAUACAAUAUUACAACAGAAUAAGAAACGGAAAGAUGAUUAUAAGAAGAUGAGAAAACAAAGGAAGAAAGCAGAUAAAGUAUCAAAGACAUUAUCAGAUACAUUAAUGGGAUCUCUGACUAUGGGAACUGGUGAUGAUGCUGAUGGAGACUAUGACUUUAAUGUAUUGGGAUGAUUGUUGGAUGUUUUUAAAUAAAUAAAAUUGAAAUAUAC